UAUAAGGCGGCAGGCGCAGCACUCCCCCACUCCACUGCUGUAUGCUUCCGCUCGUUUUCCUGCGGACCACUCGCCGGCAGUGAACAUCUCACACACCUCAAAUUAAUGUUCUGCUUUUAUCAGCGGAAAUAAUCCACACAAAACAUAAAGGUUGAUUUAAACUCGAAACACGUGGUUUCAUUAGUAUAUUUAGUCACUAAAUUAUGUAUUUUCUCUUCAGGCUAUAGGUCUAGGCUAUUUUCGGUCGUGAAGAAGCGGGAGGGGCCAUAGUAAGUAGAGCUUCAAAACAUAUUCAGGGGAGCUGAGGAAUCUCCUCAGUCAGUUGAAUACAUUUCUCCCCAGAAGUGAUGAAGACGUUGACUUCUCUCCUGGACGUGAUGAUGAAGAUACUUUUAACAACUUUUCUCCUGUUUCCUGAAACUAUCCUGGGAGAGUAUGGUGUGGUGUGUCCGACUCUGGUCGAGGCAGUAGAAGGUGAUGCUGUUACUCUGGGGGGUUCUCUGAGUCCUCCGCUCAACUUGACUCCUUACACGUUGGAUCUGAAGAGACUUGACCUCCAUGACGAUCUGGUCCACGUCUACCGACAUGGACAGGACCAUUUCCCUCCACAGAGUCCUCACUACAGAGGCAGAACAACUCUGAUCCAUGAAGACCUGAUCGGAGGAACCGUGACGCUGCACAUCUCCUCAGUAAAUCUGUCUGACUCUGGACCGUAUGAAGUCUACGUCCCAGACCUGAAAGCCCGCUGUGAAUUUUACCUCACUGUUGAUGGUGAGAACAGGAAGACUGCCCGUGCUGUUAUCCUUCCCUCUCUUCUCCUCCUCGGGACUCUCCUGGUUCUGGUUCUGAUGAGAGGAAAGAUCAAGAGUUGCAUCGAGAGGCUCAGAGGAAGGAAGGAGCAAGAACCAGAGAACUCCCUGAACCUGAACCUGGAAGCAACCGAAGACCUGGAGAGAUCUGUAGGAAAUGUCGUCUGAGAGCUUUAGUGAAGUUCGGCCAUCAACCAGUUGUAGCAGCCCUUGGAUCCAAAAAGACAACAAACAAAAAACAUAACCGAACAAAAUCAUAUUAACAACUUACAGGAUUGUUUAUUACACGGCUGCUCACUAAAGAAAUCAAACAUUUUACACAUUUUACACAAAUAUUGAUUUAAAGGCCGAGCUGCAGGGUUCAUUUUACAACAAAUUUGCGCAACUUGCUUGUUGGUAAAUAAAUGUAAACUGUUUUCCGUUGUAUUUGAUGUUUUUGGGUAUCACAAAACAGAAUAUAAUAUGAAAAAGUAGGUACUAUUUUACAGAGGUUUGCUAUGAUUCUCCUUUCCCCCACAAUGCAUUGCAUUACGUCCCCUUGGGGAGACGACAGACCAAAGCCCGCCUUGAGACCCAUAUUUUUUUUAGUUGUCAUUUAGUUACCAGACGGAGAGGACUCCUUUUAGUACCCGGGGUAUUCCUGCAUGUACUGUAACUAUGCUGUACUUCAAUACAACUGUAAGGUACUUUUAA